UUUCUGAAACCCUAAUAAUCAUGCAUUGUCCAUUGCCAAAGCCUUGAAACAAAGAUAUUGAGAGAAGAAGAAAAAGGGUGUAGGGAGGGGAAAAUGAAGGGGCUGUUCAAGUCCAAGCCCCGGACGCCGGUGGAGCUGGUGCAGCAGACACGUGAGCUUCUUGUUUGCGUUAUCAGCAACACUGAGACCCGUGAACGCAAACGAGCGGAGAAGAUUUCAGAAUUGUGUAAACUGAUUUUGGAAAUAAGAACUGUUCUUUAUGGCGAUGGCCAAACAGAGCCGAGUUCAGACGCAUGUGCACAGUUGACAAAGGAGUUCUUUCAAAAGGAUACAUUUCGGCUUCUCAUCAAUUGUCUUCCAACUUUGGAUUCAGGGGCCCGUCUAAACGCUACUCAUGUGAUUGCAAAUCUGCAAAGACAAAGGGUGAAUUCAAGACUAAUUGCUUCUGAGUAUUUGGAAAAUAACUUGGAUGUUAUGGAUAUUUUGUUAGCUGGUUAUGAAGACGAUGAUAUUUCUUGGACUUAUGGUUCAAUUUCAAGGGAGUGCAUCCGCCAUCAGAAUGUUGCUAGAUAUGUCUUGGAAUCAAAUCAUAUGAAGAAGUUUUUUGAUUAUCUACAAAAUCCAAAUUUCGACAUAGCAUCAGAUGUUCAAGCCACUUUUAAAGAGCUUUUGACAAGGCAUAAAUCCACUGUGGCUGAAUUCCUUUCUGCAAAUUAUGACUGGUUUCUCCAGGAAUACAAUUCCCGAUUGCUGCAAUCCGAAAGCUACAUCACCAGAAGACAUGCUGUCAAGCUCCUUGGAGAUAUGUUGCUAGAUCGAUCAAAUUCCACCGUGAUGUUUCGGUAUGUGACCUCAUUAGAUAACAUGAGGAUCAUGAUGAAUCUUCUCAGGGAUUCAAAUAAGACAAUUAAAGUAGAUACAUUUCAUGUGUUCAAGCUGUUUGUUGCAAAUCAAAAUAAGCCUCCCGAGAUCAUCAGUAUCCUUGUCACAAAUAGAAGCAAGCUUCUUCGGUUCUUUGGCGAAUUCAAUAUUGAUAAAGAAGAUGAACAGUUUGAAGCAGACAAAUCCCAAAUCAUUCAAGAGAUUGCUACCUUGCAACCCACAGAUCGUUCAUGCCAAGAUAUAGAUAAUUGUGAUGUUCCAUGUUAA